CCGUCACCUCCCCUCCUCCCCGAGCCUUCCUCCCCUUGCCAUGUCCGCGCUCUUCGCCGGGAAGGUGCUGAAGGCGAACCGGGAGGAGGACGAGCUGGACACGGAGCGGGAGCUGCGCGGGGCGCUGGACAACAAAGUGCUGCUGCUCUACUUCGGCUCGGGGCAGUGCCCGCGCUGCCGGGACUUCGCGCCCCUGCUCAAGGACUUCUUCCAGCGCCUCACCGACGAGUUCUACGUGGAGCGCUCCCGCCAGCUUGUCCUGGUCUACGUGUCCCGCGACGAGACGGAGGAGCAGCAGAGCGCCUUCCUGCGCUCCAUGCCCCGCCGCUGGCUCGCUCUGCCCUUCGGGGACACCUUCGGCAGGGAGCUGGAGCUGCGCUUCGCCGUGUCCGAGGUGCCGGCCGUGGUGGUGCUGAAGCCCAGCGGGGACGUGCUGGUGGCCAACGCCGUGGAGGAGAUCCAGAGGAUGGGCCCCAAGUGCUUCCAGAACUGGCAGGAGGCCGCCGAGAUCCUGGACCGGAAUUUCCGCCUGGCCGAGGAUUUCGACAACCACGCCCGGAGGAGCCUCACGCACCCCCUGCGCCGGCUCAAGUACAAGCUGGACAAGGACAAGGACAGGGAAGAGGGGGAGGAAGAAGGGGAGGAAGACCCUUAAGCAGCUCCAAGAGCUCUGGGAUGGCUCC